ACUCAACGUAAAGACAAAAGAAAGGGAAUCGCCGAUAAAUAGAGGCAGAGCGGCAGGGAGACAGCCAAGAGCCAGUGAGUGGGCGUCCAACAGAGUGAUAGCAAAGAAGAAGAGGAAAGGGGAAGGAAAUCGGCCGCAAUCCCCGCCCUUUGCCCGGAGAGAUGGAAGGGUCCUGGGUUUCUCUUUGGGCGCUGCUGCUCUUUCUCACUCAAUGGGCUUCGGCCAUUGUAGAAGAUGGCUUGCUUAACAAUGGAAAUUUCGAGACGCCACCCACCGGCGGGUUCCCGAACCCCAGCAUGGCCGCCGGCGUGGGCACCACCUCCCUCCCCAGCUGGGCCAUCAACGGCACCGUCGAGCUCGUCGAGUCCGGCCAGCUGCAGGGACGCAUGAUCCUCGUCGUCCCCGAAGGGAAGCAUGCAGUGAGGCUGGGGAACGAGGCCGAGGUGUCUCAGAAUGUGGAGCUGGAGAAGGGGUCGACGUACGCGGUGACGUUCAGCGCGGCGAGGACAUGCGCGCAGCUUGAGGAGCUGAACGUGUCGGCGUGGGGGGCGGCGACGUCGGCGGCGUCGACGGUGGACCUGCAGACGCUGUACAACGUGGAAGGAUGGGACGCCUACGCGUGGGCGUUCCAGGCGCAGCAGGAGGACGGUGCGGAGACAAAGCUGGCUUUCAAGAAUCCCGGGAUGGAGGAUGAUCCCACCUGUGGGCCCAUCAUCGACAACAUCGCCAUUAAGAAGCUCUUCAUCCCUGAUAGACUCGAAGACAAUGCUGUAAUCAAUGGUGACUUCGAAGAAGGCCCAUGGAUGUUCCCUAAUGCCACCCUCGGCGUCCUCCUCCCCACCAACCUCGAUGAGGAGACCACCUCCCUCCCCGGCUGGAUCGUCGAGUCCAACCGGGCCGUCCGCUACAUCGACUCCUACCACUUCGACGUCCCGCAGGGUAAGCGUGCCAUCGAGCUCCUCUCGGGUAAGGAAGGCAUCAUCUCCCAGAUGGUAGAGACCACCCCUCAGAAGCAAUACAACCUCAGCUUCACAUUUGGACACGCCGGGGACUCUUGUCAAGCCCCCUUGGCUGUAAUGGCCUUUGCAGGUGAUCAGGCCCAGAACUUCCACUACUCCCCAACGGGCCAUGCCAAGCAUCAGCCUGCCAACCUCACUUUCACAGCCCGUGCCGAAAGGACUCGCAUUGCAUUCUACAGCGUCUACUACAACACGAGGAGUACCGACCGGACCUCCCUGUGCGGGCCGGUGGUGGACGACGUGAGGGUCUGGGGAGCGUCUGGUUCAGCUCGGUCCAAUGGGCCCGGUUUCAUUGGGCUUCUUCUCAGCAUGGUGGUCCUUUUGGGCCUCGCUCUGGCUUAGAGGUCUGCGUUAGCUCUUUAAGUGCCGAUGAAUGAUCUCCUCCUAGGAUAAGUUUGAGGUGGUAUGUCAUGAUCUGCUUCACUUCAAAACCAAGUUAAUCUUUUGAUGUGUGUAGCAGAGGAAGUCUGCUAUCGAUGAAUAUAUAUUUUGGCUGUCUUGUCCUUCUUAUAUGUAAUAUGCGGAUAUGAUAUAGCUUGGUUAAGCCGUGGGUAGUCGGUCCCUUGUUAUUUAUCAACUAUCUCGUUUCUUUUUACUAUUUUCCCCCGCUAA